AUGUUGUUGAUUGGAGGUUCUUGUGAACAGCAGCAAGAAGGCAUGGAAGCCUUUCAGGAAUAUCAUCAGGUUGAACAUGCCAGGCCAUUUUGUAAAUACAGUGCAAGGCCAAGUAGCAUCCAGCGUAUUCCUGUUUUUGUAGAAAUAGCUGUUCGAAUGUCCAUUUAUGGUCGUCCUGGAGUCAGCUACUUGGAUUUUCCUGCCAACAUGCUCAACUCAAGUGUCUCUGAUGACUCCAUUAAUUGGAAAUCUCCAUGUCCAGAUCCUCCACUCAUAUGUGCAUUAACUGAGGACAUCAGGAAAGCUCUUGACCUACUGACUACUGCAGAGAAACCAUUGGUCAUUAUUGGCAAAGGAGCUGCAUAUGCCAGAGCUGAAACAGAAAUUUUCAUGUUCCUUACUUCAACUGGCUUUCCAUUUCUACCCACCCCAAUGGGAAAAGGUGUUGUCCCAGACAACCACCAACUGUGUGUGUCACCAGCUAGAUCAAAGGUUCUCAAAGAAUCAGAUGUGAUUCUGUUGCUUGGCGCUCGAUUAAACUGGAUACUCCAUUUUGGAUUACCUCCACGCUUUAACCCUAAUGUCAAAAUCAUUCAGGUGGACAUCUGCAUGGAAGAGUUAGGUACUAAUGUCCAACCAUCCGUGGCUUUGGCUGCUGACAUCAAAGUAGUUGUUAAUCAGCUAAAUACAGAACUGAAAAGACAUGCAGGAAAUUUCUUCUUUGAUCAAAACAGAAACUGGUGGAGUGAUAUUCAUGUUGCCAUAAAUAAGAAUAAAAGCCAAGUGAAGUUGCUGUGUGCAGAUCAAAGUUUGCCCAUGAAUUAUUAUUGUGCUUUUUCUCAGAUAUCAGGACUGCUUGAAGGCCAUGAUACAAUUGUGGUCAGUGAAGGUGCCAACACUAUGGACAUUGGACGGUCAAUGCUGCAAAGUUUGUUGCCACGACAGAGAUUGGAUGCAGGCUCAUUUGGAACAAUGGGUGUUGGCCCUGGUUUUGCUAUAGCAGCUGCUAUGAUAUGUAAAUCUGAUCCAGAGGUGAAACACAAACGUAUCAUUUGUGUGGAGGGAGACAGCGCCAUUGGAUUUUCAGCGAUGGAGCUUGAAACUGCUUGCAGAUAUCAACUUCCAAUCAUAUUUGUUGUUUUUAAUAACAAUGGCAUCUACAGUGGCCUUGAUGCAGAAAGUUGGAAUUCUAUUCCCGAGGCUGAGCUUGCCCUCGUAGCUCCUCCAACAGCCUUAGCUCCAAAUAUCCGUUAUGACAAAGUGAUGGAAGCAUUUGGGGGCAGAGGUUACCUAGUGAACACACCUGAAGAACUGCAUCAAACAUUUAAGGCAGCUCUGAAUGAUGACACUAAAUCCUCUUUAAUCAACAUUCUAAUUCAUCCAUUGGCAACAAGAAGGCCUCAGCAAUAUUCCUGGCUUACAUCUUCCAAGAUGUAA